ACCGGGCAGCCUGACCUGCAGCCUCCUCAAACAUGAGUCUAUCUAAUCAAAAGGUUUCACUUACUAAAACUAUUCGAGCUACUUAUUCUUUUGCAUUGGAUUGUUUUUUGUCACACAAGUAAAGUAUUGCUGGGAAGUAAUGGAAUUAAUUUAUAUCCGGAGUCGCUCGUUGAGGAAAGGCUGAUCCACUUCACGCAUGAACCGACGCGGGACGCCUUCAGACACCGCAGCUCAUCAUGAUGGUGGGUAUGGACAGCGGAAAAACGAUAGCCUAAUAAGUCUCACUGAAACUGACCAAGAACAAACGUUCAAAACAAGUUGAUCAUGGUUGAACACAGCCCACCUUGUUAUUCUUUGGAUGAAACAUAGCUUACAACGGGGAAUACAAAUAACUGGAAGGCUCUUUAAGAAGGCGACUGGAGACUUGCAAGAUUGGCAGAACCCAUUAAGAAGCAGUCUGUAAAAGCAUAUCCAGGCACAGCUACAUCCAAGAAUGAGGAUCAAAUACACAAUAUCCCUCGUCUUUUUUGUGGCACUUGUUAUCAUUGAGAAGGAAAACAACAUUAUCUCAAGGGUGUCAGAUAAACUCGCCUUAAAGCAGACACCCCAGACCCCUCUACAGCCCAGUGGUCUCUCCCACAUACUGCUGAAGCACAAUGCUUCCUUUACAACACUCAGCAAGAUGGACUCUGCCUUCACGCUGAUGAAGCGGCGCCUGGAGAACUACAGCCAGCACCAGGAAGUGAUGACGAAGGGCAGGAAGCACAUCCUCCUGUUAGCCACCACCAGGACGGGCUCCUCGUUUGUGGGCGAGUUUUUCAACCAGCAGGGCGACAACAUGUUCUACCUGUUUGAGCCGUUGUGGCACGUGGAGAAGAUGUUGACGCUGGAUACUGGCGGCACCAACGCCACAGCGUCAGCCAAGGCGUACCGCAACGUGCUCCAGCAGCUCUUCCUGUGUGACUUCUCCCUGCUGGAGAGCUUCAUCGACCCCCUCCCCGUGGACCACAUCACCACCGACCUCUUCCGCAGGGAGUCCAGCAGCUCUCUGUGUGAGAAGUCGGUCUGCAGCGCCGCCAUCAAAGGGGUCUUUGAGCGUUAUCGCUGCAGGAGCAGACGCUGUGGGCCCCUGAACCUGACCAUGGCGUCCGAGUCCUGCCUCCAAAAGGAGCACAGGGCCAUCAAGUCAGUGAGGGUGCGCCAGCUGGAGAACCUGCGUCCUCUGGCGGAGGACCCACGCCUUGACAUGAGGUUCAUUCAGUUGGUUCGGGACCCUCGGGCCGUACUAGCCUCCCGCAUGGUGGCCUUUGCAGCCAAAUACAAGAACUGGAAGCAGUGGGCUAUAGAUGGGGAUGUGCCGAUUGAUGAUGAUGAAGUCAGAAAGCUGAAAGGGAACUGCGAUAACAUCAGGAUGUCGGCGGAGAUCGGCCUCAGACAGCCACCCUGGCUGCGUAGGCGUUACAUGCUGGUGCGGUACGAGGACAUCGCUCGGUUUCCCAUGAAGAAGGCGACGGAGAUGUACAGGUUUACUGGAAUCCCGUUCACUCCUCAAGUGAAAUCCUGGAUCUUGAAAAACACCCAGGCCUCCAAGGAGACCAGCGGUGUUUACUCCACACAGAAAAACUCUUCGGAACAAGUGGAGAAGUGGAGGUUCAGUUUACCGUUCAAACUAGCCCAGGUGGUACAGAAGGUUUGUGGCCCAACGCUGAAGCUUUUUGGGUAUAAAUUUGUAAGCAGUGAAGAAAUGCUAACAGACAAGUCUAUCAGUUUGAUUGAGGACAAAGUGUUCAACUUUUUAUAGACUUUGACGGACAUGACCUCUGAACCCUGAUGCAGGAAAGAACGGCUCUGGAACGGCUGAUAUUUAUCAGGGUAGUGUAUCCUGAUACAGAGAGCUUUAUAUUUUCUGAUAGCGUGCUAUUUAAAGUUUUUUUUUACUAUUUAAAAUAGUUUGAUGAAGAAAAUGUAUUGUUGGGCAGAAAAUGCAUAUAAAGCUUUUAACUAUUGAAGCAAGGGUAUAUAUUGAUACUUCACAUAUGGGCAUAGCAUGUUGAAAAUAGGAACGCCAUCUUUGUUUUUGCACUCCGGACUAUUUUCUCUGUCCAAACUGUAUCGUUGGCUUGUCCAGCAAGUCUGUCCACAUUUAACCCUUUCAGAUAUAGGAAAGUCCUGAGGGAGAUAGCUGUGGGUUUGUGAAUAAGAACAAACUGUUUUAAAGACUUCCAGGAACCUCUGUUAGUUAUUUUUGUUCAGCAACUUCUGAGUUAACAACACACAGUAGGCUGCUUUUACACCAAAGAAACUUGAAAUGAAAUGUUUAUGCAACGCCAAAAAUAAAUUGCUUUGUAUAGCAAUGCUCAUGGCAGGAAGAGGAAAUACCAAAGUUUUUGCCAGGUCAUUUCUACGCAUGCGAUUUAGAAGUAAUGUCCCAUGCUAUUUUAUUUAUUUCUUCUCUUUGCUUUAAGUCAUAAUGACUCCAGCUCUGAAUGUGCUCCACAGGUUCUCUUCCCCUCUGCAGGGGUACUUUUCUUGCACACGAAUACUGUAGUUUAUGUACAUGCAUGUUUGUAAUUGGCCAAAAGGUUGUUUGAAGUUGUCCUCGGCAUUGAAAGUACGUAUUCUUUUAAAAACAGAUGUUUACACUUCUACUGUAUGCAAACAUGCCAACUGCAGCUGGUUUGCAGGAUUGUGUGAGGUUUGUCGGCAGGUUUGUCUGUUGACACAAGUCUCUUUGGCUGGUGAUAGAAAAAAGAAAAAGAAAAGGCCAUGAUACUCCGGCCUGCCAGACUGUUUGCUGAUGUUCCAGUCUGUUCUUUUUGCAUUUUGUUUGUUGCAAUAAACCUUCUUUUA